AUGGGAAAUCAAACACUCAUCACGGAAUUUGUUUUCCUGGGCUUUUCAAACCACCCCAACCUUCAGAUUUUAUUCUUCCUGGUCUUCUUGGUCAUCUACACAAUAACCCUCUUGGGGAACAUGCUGAUCUUAACUCUGGUAAGGAAUGAUCCAACUCUUCACACGCCCAUGUAUUUUUUUCUUAGUAAUCUGUCCUUUUUAGAUAUAUGCUACAUAUCCACCACAGUGCCAGUCAUGCUGGUAAACUUCUUCCAGCACAGGAAAACCAUCUCGUACUCUGGGUGCAUGGCACAACUGUUUUUCCUCAUUACCUGUGCCGGCACAGAGUGUGUGCUGUUGGCUGUCAUGGCUUAUGACCGAUAUGUGGCUAUCUGCAAGCCCUUGAGCUAUUCAAGCAUUAUGAACACAAGGCUUUGUGUGCAGCUGGCAGGGUUUGCAUGGCUGUGUGGCUUGGUGAAUUCCCUAGUGCACACUCUCCUGACAUCAGCCAUCGUCAUGUACAAGUCCAAUCAACUCAGCCACUUCUUUUGUGAUGUCCCGUUGCUGCUGAAGCUCUCUUGCUCAGACACGUUUGUCAAUGAAGCAGUGCUUCAUUUGGCUAGUGCCUUGAUUGGACUGAGCCCUUGUCUGUUCACUGUGGUCUCCUAUGGCUACAUCAUCAGCGCCAUCCUGAAGAUCCGUUCGGCCAUGGGCAGAUUCAAGGCUUUCUCUACCUGCACCUCACAUCUGAUUGUGGUCAUCAUAUUCUAUGCCACCUCCAAUUUCAAUUAUAAUCGGCCCAGCUCAGGCUACUCUCUGGACAUAGAUACUUUGGUUUCAUCAUUGUACUGCAUUGUGACCCCGAUGUUAAACCCGGUUAUCUAUAGUCUAAGGAAUAAAGAAGUGAAGGGUGCAUUUAAAAAAAUGGUCAUAAAGUAUUUUGCUUCAGUGGCCCAGAGCAGAGGCGGGGUAGGGACACAGCAAUGA